AUGCCCAAAUCACCAUCUAUUGUGUUCAUUGCCAGACAUGGCGCCCGCCUCGAUGCUGCAGAUAAAGAUUGGCAUUUGACGGCCCCAGAGCCCUACAAUCCACCCCUCUCCUACGGUGGGUGGAUGCAAGCUCGUGCUCUCGGUGUACGCAUAUCUAGUCUCCUCAGAAAUCGGGACUUCACCGGGCAGGAGCCCGAGGGUCAGCGCAGCCAUCGUCCGACCUCGGAUACCCAGGCAAAACCCACCCCCGCAUCCUCGGACCUGUGUCACCGAUAUAACGUCAUUAUCCAUACCUCUCCAUUUCUUCGGUGUCUCCAAACCGCAAUAGGAGUCAGCGCGGGUAUCAAUCAGCAAGCGCCGACCGCAGAGGCACCCGGAGUCACCAGCCCAUUUUCUACCAAUACCAUCCCAGAAACCUCGAGCCCCGAUACACGAUGUUUAGUUCGUGUCGACGCUUUCCUAGGCGAAUGGUUAUCACCGGACUAUUAUGACCAGAUCACGCCCCCACCAGGCUCGGACAGAAUGGUGGCGUCUGCUAAAGGAGAACUAAUCCGUCGUGCCGAGGUCAUCCCGGCAGCGGAUGGGUCGACACGGUCGCUGUCAGGUCAUUUCCCCGGCGGCUGGGGCAGUCGCUCCCACCCUACCUCGCCGGCCGAGGAUGAGGACCGCCCCUUGCAACAAAGUUUGGAACAAGGUCAGCGCCAGCGCUCAAGCACGUAUGAUACCCUACAGAACCCUAUCAACGCCAAACGCGCAAAGCAAACCCUCGGCCGAUUGAACACGGAUCUUUCGCCCUCUCCAGACACAUCCUAUGUGCCCCCCACCCCAAGCUAUGCUGUCUCCGCCUCGGAUCCAAUCCCUACAGGCUAUGUUGCCCAUGCGCGGAAUGCAUGCACAAAGAUUGACUACCAGUGGGACAGCAUGCGCACACCAUACUGGGGCACAGGGGGCGAGUACGGCGAAGAAUGGAGUACUAUGCAUGAACGUGUUCACGAUGGGUUUCAACACAUGAUUGAUUGGUACCGAAAACAAAAUUCACCUCAGCCACGUUCCACAGAGUCUUACGACACUGAUCGCGAUGAAGUCGAGACGGAACCAGAAACGGUCCUCAUUCUCAUCACCCAUGGCGCGGACUGCAAUGCUCUGAUCAGUUCGCUGAAUGGACAUUCGGUCCUCGUGGAUAUUAACACAGCUUCUCUCACCAUGGCUGUGCGACGCAACCGUGUCAAGAACCCCGCAGCAGACAUGGACCCCAUGUCUAAAACUUCGGAGCCAGACAACCAAUCGGUGUCACGGGAAUAUUCCUUGCAGUUUGUGGCGUCGACUGAUCACCUGCGUCCGGGUAUCAACCCCUCCCAGCUGACCUCGCUGGCAUCUCCCACCGCGCCGGCAGUGUCGCCGCCAGUCUCUUCUUAUCGAAAUCGCCUUGGCGCUCGUCCAUCGCUCCAAGGCUCAUACAACAAUGCGCCUUCCCCUAGCUCCAGCUCCAGUCCCCGCGGAUGGACCAUGGCAACACGUCCAUCUGCGGCUUCUCGUGGGGCAGGUGGGGCAGGUGGGCUCUGGGGCUCAGUCGCUGAGAAGACAGCCGAAGUGGAAGACGACUUUGUGCCGGACUUUGGAGAUCGACCAGCCAGCCAAGACUCGGCAAUUCCUGAUCGGGCUGCAGAUUGUGGCUGGGUCAAGCAGCUCCCGCAGCGAACACAGUCACAGCGCGGUCUAUGGGGAAGUGCACAAGAUGACCGUGACGGAGGAACAAAACGACGAUGGACCGUGACGGAGCAAAAGCUAUGA